AUGGAUCCGGAUAUCAGCUUAUCGGAUAUCUUGCGUGAUAACUGGACUCUGCACGAAGACCCGAUAAACGCCACCAUUGCCGAGGAAAUUCAUCCAGCGAUUGGUGUAGAGCGUGGAAAUGGAGAUUUGGAGCCUGAAAAAGCGAUUGAAGAUUUGAAUAAUUUAGAGCCCAUCGAACGGCCAGAGGAACCGUCUUCCAGCUCGUCAGAGCCACUCAGAGGCGAACCGAAAGUUUUUAUCAGUCCCCCGUACUUUGAUGAAUCGAAAAAUCCAUCUACUUUGCAACAAUACAAUCAUUUUCAGAAUUAUGCUCAAGGAUAUCUUGUCUCGUCCACCUAUCAUCAGCCGUUCGUCUCGAUGAUUCGUCAGAAGAAGGCACACACCAGUGAGAUUCAGAAAGCUCUCCAGCGCCCGCUCGUGGCGACACCACGAAAACCGUUUAAAUAUGUGCCGGAAUUCAAUUUCGGCUACCCCCAGCACCCAAAUUUUCAGCAACUCGAUUUGAACAACAAUGUCACGAGCACUGGAGAUGAAGAACGUCGUGGAAAACAUGGACAUGUGCUAAUGAAUAAGCCGGAGGGUGGAAGCUACGAUAGACCAAUUCAGCUUGAUGAGAAAGUAACAUCUUCGACGAGUGCUGCUUUUUCUACAUCUACCUACGGAUCGAAUGGUUGUUUCAAUUUUCAAACUGAAUUCGAAGAAAAUGCUGAUGAUGGGCAUGAUGCUGAGCACUGCUUCAUCAAGAACGACGAACGACAGAGCCAUCAAGACGAGAUAGUACCGAACGCCGGAGACGCAGACAUUUUGGAUGAUGGCAAAGAGACGGAGAAGAAGAAGACGAAGCUGAUGGAAAACGGAGAGACCGAAGAAGUUGCGGAGCUGGAUGAGAAAAAUGAAGAUGAUGACGAGAUUGCCGUUAUAGACGAGAUGGAAUUCGACGCCGCUCCUGCCCCUGUGGUUGAUGAUAAAGACGGCACGGAUGCAUCGUCAUCGGCUGGUACAAAACGUCCGAAGACUCAAUUAGAGGAGCUUCUUCAGCAACCGCUCAAAAAAAUUGUCUAUCAAGGUUUAUUUUUUCACCGCCGCGAAAAUUGCAGAAUUUUGAGAUUAAUUUGUAGAAAAAAAACAAAAAAAAAACGUUGA